UAAUAAUAUGACCGAGUGAGUGGGGUGGGCAUGAUUUUUUAUUAGACACAAUAAUAUUAGAAAAAAUUAUAAUAAAUAGAAGUCUUCAUUUUACGGUCUGCAUGCCUCGCUCACUUGUCGAUUUUGGAGGUGAGGAGGUCUCGUCGCUCUUUGUUAUAUAUCAAGCGCACACGGUACACAAAUAUCAAACAUACACUCUUAUCAAGAUCUCCAUUUCAAUUUCUUUGCUCCUUAGUUAUAUACAUCAAACAUAUGUACAAUAAUACAAACACGGUCACAUACACGUAUACCUCAAUAUAUGUAUCGACAUCUUGUUGUUGUUUCUGAAAUCAUAGUGGUCAUUAUUUUUUCUUUUACUAUUACUCUCUCUUUUCCUGUUUCUCUCCCUGUUUGUGAUAAGACGGCAACGAUAUCUUAGCCAUGCAACAACAACCCGAGAGUCUCCUAGUUCCAUCAAAACCCGACUCUCCUGGUUCAUCAUUAUCUCUCCCUCAUCAAGAAAAUCAAUCUAAAAGACUACGAAACCAACAACAAGAUCAAGAACAUGAGGAAGAACAAGAAAAGCUCCAAGAUGGACCGAGAGGUAAACGAAAAUGGGUAUGUGUUGAUGGAGCUUCUCGUGUAGAGAUCCCAGAGACGCCGAGGAUCUCGAAUAGCGUGUGUUGUUGUCCUCCUCGGCCGCCGAGAAAGCCCAAAGCUACUCCGGCGAUGAAGAGGAGAGCCAUGUGGGUAAAGAGAUCGGUAGUUUUCUUAGAUGUAGCUAGAGAGGUCGAAUCCAUGUUUCCUCCGUCUAUUCUUCAAGACUUUGGUAAAAAGAUUAAGAAAGCUAGAUCUUAAUCGCUAUACGGUUAAUUUAUCUGUAUAAGCUUGAAUUUUUUUUUUGUGUUACCUAUAAUUUUAUACGCUAUCAUUGUGUUUAUAUUUUAUAAAGGCAAAACCAACGUUUAGGCAA